AUGGAGAGACAGGAUGUGCUGGUGUUGACACCAUGGUUGGCUCCAAUUGUCUGGGAAGGCACGUUCAACAGAGACAUCCUGAAUGCUCAAUAUCUGCAGAAGAACUUGGUCACUGGAGUGGUCACUUUUGCUGUUGAAAAAUAUGUCCAGUUCAUAGAAGGGUUCAUGAGAUCUGCCAACAAGUACUUCCUUGCUGGGCACCACGUGAAUUUCUACUUGUUCACAGACAGUCCUGAGAAGAUCUCUCACCUUCAGAUGGCCCCUGAGAACCACCUGUUUGUCAUCCCUGUCCAGAAUGACCCCAGGUGGCUGGACAUCCCCACGAGCCGUAUGGACAUCAUCAGCUCCUACAUCCACAGCCAGUUCCAGUACGAGGUGGACUAUCUGUACUCCGUGGACAUUGAUGUCCAGCUCCUGGCAGACAUUGGUGUGGAGAUCAUUGAUGCCCUGGUGGCAACCAUCAGCUCCUGGCAGAUCACUUCCCAGCUCGAGAACAGCGCCCACGAGACACACCCUGAGUCACCAGCUGCCAUCCCUGAGGGACAAGGGGACUUCCAUUACACAGCGAGCUUCUACGGGGGCAGCGUGUCUGAGGUCUACAAACUGACCCGAGCCUGUUCUGAAGGGCUGAUGGAGGACAGAGAAAAUGGAAUUGAGGCUUGGUGGCACCAUGAGAGCCACCUCAACAAGUACCUCCUGCAUCACAGGCCCACACGCCUGCUGUCCCCAGAGUACUACUGGGACACGGAGCUGAGCCCCAGCAGCAUCCAGGUGAAGAGGAUGUGCCCAGUGCGCAAGGACAGCUAG